UUCGUUAUCGUUCAGACUGCAGCCAAUCAGGUUCAGUGUCAACGCGAGUCAUGCUGAGAACCUGCGAUGGUGAUUCGGAAACAUGCUGACAUUUUUCCAGAUGACCUACCGGCGGGUUUGCCACCUAAGCGAGACCACGACCACAAAAUCGAGUUGGAGCCCGGCGCGCAACCGACUGUUCGGACUCAAUGGAGGCUGACUCAGCCCGAGCUAGAUGAAAUUCGACGCCAGCUGGACUACCUGCUCGAGAAAGGAUUAGUUCGCCCCAGCACUUCUCCGUUCGCAGCUCCGAUCCUGUUCACCCCGAAGAAAGAUGGUGGUCUACAAAUGUGUAUUGACUACCGCGCCUUGAAUCGGGUUACCAUCAAGUCCCGCUACCCUAUCCCACAUGCCGACGAACGCAUCGACCAAAUUCGUGGAGCCAAGUUCUUUUCGAAAUUUGACCUGCGAGGCGGUUACCAUCAGAUUCGCGUGAACGAAGCUGACUGCUCCAAGAUGGUGUUUCGGACCCGGUAUGGGAGAUACGAGUACACGUUAACCAUGAACGAAGUUUUCCGGCCGCUGCUGGAUAAAUGCGUCAUCGUGUACCUCGACAACAUCCUGAUCUACAGCACUACCCGGGAACAGCAUUUGAAGGAUUUGGAAGCAGGGGGAGAGCAGCAGGCUGCAUUCAAACAGCUCAAAAUUUUCCUUACUACACCUCCGGUCGUUCGAAUUGCAGAUCCUCCUCGUCCGUUUGAGCUCAUCACCGACGGUAGCGACCUGGAUGUUGGCGCAGUACUGUUACAAGAGUUCAGCGAAGGCCUUCAACCCAUCACCUACGAGUUACGAAAGCUGAACUCGGCCGAGCAAAGUUAUCCUGUCCACGACAAAGAGUUACUCGCCAUCGUUCACGCUUUCAAGGUCUGGCGCUGCUACCUGACGGGCGCUGACGUGAAAGUCCGAAUAGACCACAAAUCGCUACAAUUCAUCCGUGCCCAACCGACACUAAAUCCCCGACAGAUUUGCUGGCUCGAUUACCUCGAGUCAAACUUCCACUACAGAGUCACCUACAGACGGGGGGUUAGCAACAUCGCUGACACACUGACCCGCCCGUCAGUCCACACCGCCGCAGUCCUAAUUACCCAAGCUAAUCCGCUGAUUACUGGUCUCUUCACCCACGGAUACAAUACCGACCCAUUCUUCACCACUAGCAGUCAUCCCCGACUGACGGUCAAGCAAGGGGCCUAUGACCUAAAAUCCGGUACCAAUCGGAUUUGGGUUCCCGCCUACCGUACCCUACGCGAGCAACUGAUACAGGAGGCAAACGACUCAAAUUUCUCGGGUCACUACGUCAUCGACAAGACCGCCAAAUUGCUGAACCGUAAUUAUUAUUGGCAUGAUUUGCCGACAGACGUGCAGCUGUACAUCACCUCCUGCGCCACGUCUCAACGCAUGAAGUCUUCACGGCUUCGACCUGCGGGAUUACUGCAACCGCUCGAGCCACCCAGCCGAUCCUGGCAACUGGUGAUGAUGGAUUUCGUCACUGGCAUGCCAGCUGGUUCUUUCGAUAACGACGCGAUUCUCGUCGUCGUUGACCGGUUGACCAAGAUGGCCCACUUCGCCGCCUGCAAGACGACAAUUACUGACGGGCAGACAGCGAAGCAGUUCCUCACGAACAUCGUGCGGCUACACAGCAUUCCUUCGGCAAUCAUCAGCGAUCGUGACCCACGGUUGACAUCCAACUUCUGGACAAAAACCUGGCAGCAAUACGGCACACGUCUGCAUCUGUCCACGGCGUACCACCUGCAAUCGGACGGCCAGACUGAGCGCACUAAUCAGACGAUGGAGCAGCUGAUUCGCACGACGUGCAUAGACCCGGCCCAAUGGGAAGACUCCCUUCCCUUGAUCGAGUCUGCGUACAACAACGCCCCAUCAGCAACGACUACUCAGUCCCCGUUCUUCCUUAAUUACGUAAUAGACCCGACAACCCCUCUAUCGCCAACGAUAGAAAAUCCGGCACCAAGGUCGCAUCAGUUCGUCGAAAAUCUCCGACAGUCUCAGCAAAAAGCUGCCGUUGCCAUCCUCAAAGCCAACCAACGGGCUAAGCAACAAGCUGACCGACGACGCCGUGACUUAACACUCGUCCCUGGGCAAUUGGUCCUGCUCGACACCAGAAAUUUGGGAAUUCCCCUCCCAAAUAAACUACGACCAAGAUUUUGCGGCCCAUUCCGCAUUCUCUGCAUGGUGACACCAGUCACCGCCCAACUGCAACUACUGGUCGACUGACGAAUUCAUGAUUCAUUUCACGUUAG